CGCCGUGACGUCAGCGCGCUAGCUUUCACCAGACAGGGGGAAGUUCGCGGACGGCUGCCGCCAUUUUGUAGCGCGUGUGAUUGAGUGUCGGGGCUGCUGCGCUCGUCUGUGUCCGGUCCUGGGAGCGUGAGAUUCGUUAAAAUCCAAUAGAGCUCCUGGAUCAUAACAGGUGACAUUCUUUCAGACCCUAGAAAUGGCUGUAGUGAUCCGCUUACAGGGUCUUCCUGUUGUUGCUGGUUCGGCUGAUAUUCGCCGUUUCUUUUCUGGGUUGCAAAUUCCUGAUGGAGGAGUGCAUAUUAUAGGUGGAAAUCUUGGCGAAGCAUUCAUCAUAUUCUCAACGGAUGAAGAUGCCAGGCGAGCUAUGAGUCGGACCGGAGGUGUCAUUAAGGCCUCAAAUAUUCAGCUUUUCCUUAGUAGCAAAGCAGAAAUGCAGAAUACUCUAGAAAUGAGCCGUAAAACGAACAAGAAUCCAAAGCACCCAGCUGUACCACCUUCUGGUGAUAAAAAUAGAUCAGCAAUGAUGAAGAGAGGAGCAACUCAAAAUAAAAGCGAAAAGAAUUAUGAUUUUGAUAUGAAAAGCAUUGGGUCUAAACAUAGUGACACACAUUCACAAAAGUAUGACAAAAAGGAGGUAAACGGCUCCGAUGAUGACUUCUACCGAUAUCUGUUUGGGCUACCGUAUGGUGCAAAUGAAGAUGAUGUCAGGAAUUUUUUUAAAGGCCUAAAUGUAGUUGAUAUGAUUUUUCUGUUGCGAACAAAUGGUCAAAAGAAUGGGAAUUGCUUUGUGAAAUUUGGAAGCAUUAAGGAUGCUGAAGAAGCUAUGAAAUUCAACAACGAAUAUAUCGGUCAUAGGUUUAUAUCUAUAUCGAAAACAACUGAAGAGAAGUGGGUGAAGGCUGGAGGCACAGUUGGCGAAGUUCAUGUUAAACAGGCCAAGAGAAGAGAGCGGUCUAGAUCGCCGCUAAACCAACAGCUUUAUGUGCAUCUGAAAAACCUAUCAUUUGGAGUGGAGAAAGGAGAUUUAAGGCUUUUUUUUGGAGCACCUGAUAUAGCUGACUCAGAGAUCAAAUUUCUGCUUGACAAGAAUAACCACAGGACAAGGGAAGGCUUCGUCAUGUUAAAAAGUGAGCGUCAAUUUGAGAAAUGUCUUCAUUUACACAAAAGCAUGUUAAAGGGCCGGCCAGUGUUUAUCUCUCCUAUUGCUCGCAAGGCUAUGUUAGAUUUAAUAGAAUCGUAUGAAACACAGAUACAGCCUGAGGGUGCCUAUGAAAAUCCAAGCGAAGAGUCCUCUAAUCUAAAGACAUGUAUAUAUGUAAGGAAUUUUCCCUUUGAUGUGAAUAAAGCUGAAGUUCAGAAGUUCUUCAGUGGAUUUCCCUUGCAUGAAGCGGAUAUAUUCUUGCUUUUUGAUAAUAAAGGAGUUGGAUUGGGAGAAGCUCUAGUAAGGUUUCCAUCUGAAGAAGAAGCUAUUCAUGCUGAAGGCUUGAAUCGUCAACUGUUUUUGGGCACAGAAGUUCUUUUGAGACGUAUUUCUGAUGAACAGAUGAGAGAUUUUGGUGCUUUUGUUGAUACUCCAGGUGAAACACAUGCGGAGUAUCCACCACUGGGCGAUGAUGAAAGAUCUUAUAUGAUGUCUGAAUAUAACCGUAGAGAUUAUAGAGGGUCUCCAGAAAGACUACGUGACUCCUGCUCAAUGGAUUUUGUUGGCAGAGAUGAGUCUUUUGGCAGGCGUGACAUGGAAAGCUCUCAGUUUGACUACAAUCGAUCUUUAUCUCCCCGCCAAAACUUUGAUGGUGGGGCAGCAGGAGCAAUAAUCCGCAUGGUAAACCUACCAUACACCAUAACUGUUGAAGAAAUUCUAGACUUUUUUUAUGGUUAUAACCUCAUUCGUAAUUCUAUAGAUAUAAAAUUUAAUAGGCAAGGUAUGGCCACCGGACAAGCUACGGUCUGCUUUUAUAACUAUGAUGAAGCAGUGGCUGCCUUGAAUGAGCUCAAUGAAAGACCAAUCGGAAAACGUAAAAUCAUCCUGAAUUUGAAUAGGCUCUAAAAUGUCUACAUGGACUUGGUUUUAAGUUCCUUUUUUACCACUAUAUUUGCAUGGUCCUAUGAAGUUUAAGUGGUUGGAAAGUUUUUGUUGUAAAAGUCUGGACUUUUUUGUUUUUCUAAAGUUUCAAACAUCUGAUUAUAAGAAGAUAUACAAAAAGAUUUUUUUGUUUAUAACACAUUCCACAUUUUGUCUUUAGUUGUUUGUUCGUCUCGGAUUAAAAUGUUGACCUGUAACCAACAAGUAUGUCUGAAAAUUUCUUUAGCGAGUAAGUAGUGAAUACACUAUUUUGAUAAGCAGAGGAAACCUUAUUGGUUCAGGAGGCGUCCAUUUAUCUUCAGUCUAGGCACGUUUAUGUUGGACCGGAAAUGUCUUUGUUUUGCAAAGGCUUCAAUAUUUUUCCCAAAAUAAAUUUUGUUGGUUACAUUAUUGUGGUGCAGGAUUAAGGGUACAGUACAUUCAGUGUUGAGGUGUAAAACGGAUGAAACGAUGCACGUUGGGUAGUGUUGGUAGCAGAUCUGUAGUGACGUUGUGCCGCUUAGUAAUGGGUGCCAGUUCCUGGAGGCCUUUUUUCUUUGCUUCUCUCUGUUCUGCAUUCUGGAUUAACUGCUUGCUGUUAAUGCCUUUUUGUGUUGUUUUUUUUCCUGUGUUAAGUUUGUGAUUUUGCAUUUUGAGCAAUCCUCAUUGCCUUUCUUUGAUUCGGUCUGUUCUGUCUUCCACGUUAUUCAGCUGCAGGAUUCGGAAUAUGGGAAUUUUACGUAGUUUAUGAAAUCUAGCAAAAAUGACUGCUGCGUGACUCGUAUUGUCAUAAAAUAUUUUAACUAAAGGCGCCUGUGAAUGAUCCACAGUUAACCAUACAGAAAACAAACUCCUGAUCAGUGUUCCAUGUGUUUUUAUCCAGCUUUUCUAUCGAGUGGAAAGCCUGCACUGGAGAAAACUUUUUAGGUAGCAGGAAAUGUUUUUUGUUUGAGUGGACUCUAUUUUUGUUAGUAUGGUAUAUUUUGAAUAUGAAGCAGGAAUUUACUGGGUGUUAUAAAGACUGCAUUGCUACUUUACCAAAGCUGUCAUGGGUUUGUUGUUGACAUGGCUAGAAUUGUCAUUUGUGCAGCAGGUGCUGUCAGCUUUGUAGUGUUUGUGAGCCAAGAUAUUGAACCUGUCUUCCAAAAAAGGCAUUUUGGAAUAUUUGUCCAAUCCUAUUCAGAUGUUAAGUUGCAUCGGAUAAGGAUGCUGCAAGGCCUGCAAUGGUGCAUUUGUCCUAAUUUACAUGCCUAUUUCUAAGUUUUGUUAGCUACAUCUUUCUAAAGUUGACAAGUUGGGUCAAUGAUUUGGUAUUAAUACAGGUAAAUAGAAUUUGCUCCAAUCGAACAUGGUAACUUCAGUGGUGACAUGGUCCUUUUAGUGAAAGAUGAUCCGCAAGUGUGGUGAUUUUUUUUUUUUUUUUUUU